ACGAAAGCCUGUUACUUUUGUAUUUCGUUUUUUAUUAUGUGACAUAGACAGAUAGACGUAAUUUAAUAUUAUCAGAUUCUGAUUGUAAAUAUAUAAGUGCGUAGUUUCCAAAUGCUGCCUAUGGAAUUAUAUAUUUCAGUUAGCUGGCAUAUUUCACCAAAUUUUUUUGGCGCAUGUGUUACCAUUGACAGAAAACUUCACAGCUCCUGCCCAUGGUUUUUGUAUACGUAAUAUAUCUCCAGUGUUGGUGGUUUAUUCUGGUGUUUUAAAUGUGAUGAGCUGUAACUUUAUCUAAAUUAAGAUGCCUGAUAUAAAUGUGGAUUCAUUACUCAGUGUACUGAAAUUUACUACGACAAUUUUGUUGCCCAAAUAUCCCCACUCAAUUUUUCCUUUGUUGUCCACUUAUUAUAUUGCGAGACAUCGUAGAGAGAAAAAGACGUUAAAGUUGGAAUUGUGGUCUGUUCCUGAGGAUGCAUUUGCGUGUCUAAUACCAGAGAGCGCUAAACCGAUAUUAUUAGGGAAUGUGGAUUCUUCCAUUUUAGUAAGCUUCAAUACUUUACAAACCCUUGGUGUUAACAGUUGUUCUUGGUUGAAAUUGAAAAAGUGCCCUGAAGAAAUUGGAGCUUUUGAUACAACACGUUCAUAUUUGGCCUAUAUUAUUGCAAUACCUGACAUUGAAGACUCUGUUGCAGUUGUAACCAAUGUGUUGCAUUAUAAUAUAACACAGGCUUUAUUACUUGUGAAUAACAUUGUACAGGCAGAAAAGUUGGAUGGUUUUGAACUUUUUGUACCGCACAUUGCAACCUUGGCCAAAGUGAGUCUCCUUCAGCCGUUAUACGAUGUCAACAUAGCACUGGAUGCAGUUUUGUCAUGUUAUUUCCAACAUCCAUGCUUUCUUCGUAAAGGUGAUGUUUUCUGUAUAGACUUAAUAAAAUUUGCAUCAGCUGUACCCUGUCUAAACAGCAAAGUUAGGACAUUAUGCUUCAAAGUUUUGGACAUUGAAGGACCUUGCUAUGGAGGCAGAGUCAACCAAGGUUUGACCCAUGGAUACUAUGUUAUGAAGUUAUUUACUUCUUUAGUACAAUGCACAGAUCAGCAGGGGUAUGUUCCUCAAAGUGAUGUUGCAUUCAUCAAAGGAAAAGGAAAAAUUACAGGAAAUAAUCUGAAGUUACAACUCUUAAGCACCUGUCCAGCUGGCCUGGAUGAAUACCGAGAUGAGCUCUUGGGAUGUGUGCAGCCUCAUGUUUUGAAUAUGUACAGGUUUAAACUGAAGCCACUGUUCUUACUUUGUGGUCCUCGAGGUGUGGGUAAAGUAGUCGUGGCAAGGAAUGUAGCUCAGAGGCUGGGCUUAAAUGUGUUUGUUGUGAAUUCGUUUGAAUUACAGGGAGGAAACCCAGGCUAUACUGAAGGCAAACUGAAGCAUGUCUUUACUAAGGUUCAACAGCUUGCCCCAUGUAUUCUUCUGCUAAGAAACAUAGAGGUGUUAUGCAGAGACAAGGAUGGCACUGAAGACAGUCGAGCUAUCAGCGCUUUCAUUAAUGAAGUAGAGAGACUUUUUCAGGAAACAAGUACUCUUCCAGUUCUUCUGGUGGCAACAUGCAACAGUAAGAAUGAAUCUACAUCUGCUGUCCCUCCUGCACUGGCUCGAGUGUUUCUUCAUGUGGUGUACAUGCAGAGCCCAAAUAAGUUGCAACGAACUGCAAUACUUCAGUGGCUCUUAAGAAAGUGCAAUGUCACUGUUGGUGCUGAUUUGUCUCAUGUAGCAGAUCAAACUUCAGGAUUUCUGUAUGCUGACUUAGCAGUCCUUGUGUUCCACACUGUCAGAUAUCGGUUCAAACAUCUGAAGGAAUCCUGCCAUGAUGAACAGAACUGUGUGGAUGUGACUUUAAGGAAGGCUGAUUUUGAAGAAGCGUUAGAUACCAUGCAUGCAGCAUACUCUGAAGCAAUUGAUGCUCCAAAAAUCCCAAAGGUAUCCUGGGAUGAUGUGGGAGGAUUAUCUGAUGUAAAAAAGGAGAUAAUGCGGACUAUUAUGUUGCCACUCCAACAUCCGGAACUACUGGCAGCUGGGCUGCAACGAUCAGGCAUUCUUCUUUAUGGACCACCUGGGACAGGCAAAACCCUACUAGCCAAGGCCGUUGCCACUGAAUUUAACCUAAACUUCUUGUCUGUGAAGGGGCCUGAGCUGCUUAAUAUGUAUGUGGGACAAAGUGAAGAGAAUGUCAGAGAAGUGUUUAACAAAGCACGAGCUGCUUCUCCAUGUGUAAUCUUCUUUGAUGAGCUGGAUUCUUUGGCACCAAAUCGAGGUAAAAGUGGGGAUUCAGGUGGAGUCAUGGACAGAGUCGUCUCACAGCUCCUGUCAGAGAUAGAUGGCCUUCAGAAGUCCUCGCAGUUGUUUGUGAUUGGUGCCACAAAUAGGUCUGAUCUCAUUGAUCGGGCUCUGCUUAGACCCGGCAGAUUUGACAAACUUCUGUAUGUGGGGGUUCCUGAGGAUAAAGAGUCACAGCUCAGUAUAAUGGUGGCGCUCACAAGAAGGUUUCAUCUGAAGAGUGAUGUGGACCUGAAGGGUGUUGUGUCUCUGCUGCCAGACAAACUGACUGGAGCAGACUUGUACUCCCUGUGCUCCCAUGCCUGGCUCAUUGCUGUCAGGACUCAGAUUCACGCCUUUAAGCAUGGUGGCAACAGUGUACCAUCACCAGUUGAGGUUGGAAUGGUGGACUUCAGGGAAGCAAUAAACAGUUUGCCAUCUGUCAAAAAAGAGGAUUAUGCACACAUUCAGCAGAUUCGGGAUAAGCUUUAACACAAGAAUGGAGCAGAAGAUUGGAAGGUUCAUAUAAGUCACAUAGAACCCAAUGAAGUCAGGAUAUUUGAAAGAAGAAGAAGCAUUGGACAUCCAAAUAAAAGAUGGCGAGAUUGUGUGGAGAAUGGGCUCAUUAUUUGUACAUAAACCAAGAACCUUUUUUUCUAUAUAAAAUAUGACCUGUUUAUUAUCCAUGUUGUGCUGUAAACUGGGGAUUUUGUGUUACUCAAAAAGCUUGAACAAAAUGAAACUUGGAUGUCCCAGUAAAUACAGCUUCAAACUUAUGCAGAAUAUGAAUAGUAGAAAUGUGUCUUUUGAAAUAAUUGGCUGGCCUCUGAUUACUUAUCAUGAGGAUAGUGCAGAUAUGUGAAAGGGACUAUAGAUAGUUUAUAUUUUUAUAAGAAUCAGUAAAUAUAGAAGAUAGUUGGAAUAUUUAGGAAUGAUGUAAAAUUUCAGUGUUCCCAGAAGAUUCUGUAAUUAUCAACCCAAGAUAAGAAGAGACCAAGGACAUCAAUAGAAAUGAUGAGCUUUUUAUAUUUUAAAUCUUAAGACUCCAUUUGGAGCCAGAACAGAGUAAGUAGCCUAAUCCUUGACGACGAUGAAUUUGUGGUGUAAUUGAUGGUAAGAUUUACAUCAGAUUCACAGGGCUGCACAUGGUGAUGAUUUUACUAUUAACCUUAUGAGACAGUUAUUAUUAUCAGAUUGGCAGUGGCCAUAGUUGUGGUGAUUGUGCUAUUUGUUGUAAUUGGUGUGGUAUUUGUUACCUUAAAAAAACUACAUUUAUCACUUCUAAUUUAAAUUAUUCCACUUAUGAAUAUUAACAGAAAUACUGUGAUAAGAGGUGCACAUAUUUUUGUAAUGACUUUCUUUCAUGCCUAAAGAAAAAAAUUGCUUUAUAUUUGCAGUCACUGUUCAAAACUCUAUAAACAUAUAUUCUGAGGUGGGUGAUUUCUGAUAUUCCCUUUCCAGGUGUCUAAUAUAAAUAAUAUUGUGAA